AUGCCACUGAGGCAUUUGAGGGAUGCACCAUGGUUCUCGGGGCAUGCAUCUGACCUUUUUAGGUAUUUCAAAGGGGUUUGGGGUCUUUGCAAGCGUGAGAAUUGCUUCGAUGACCAAGAAUGGGCAAAAUGGGCUUGCUGGUAUGCAGGCAGCAAAAUCUCUGAAUCAUGGUAUGAUUUUGUUGAGGAUCAGUUGAUUUGGCCUGAAUUCAUGGUGGCUAUUGCAUGUUUGUAUCCUGGGUCCCAGAAAUUGGAUCAACAGCAUUCAAGAAAUGACCUUUACAGCCUUGUUGACAGUCAAGCAAGCAGAAAGAUUCACACAGAGGAGGAACUAACAAACUACAGACUUUAUUUCCUAGAUUUAGCAAUGUAUCUAUGGGUUUUGAGGCAACUUGAGGCUGACAAACUCGAGGACCUCUACUUGCAAGGCUUUGACAAAGAAUUUCGGUGUGAAAUCUUGCAGAAAACGUGA